AUGAGCUCUGUGGCUUGCGAUACGCAAGGAAUAACCCAGCCAGUUACGACCACAUGCAGUCCUUCUCUCUUUGGGGUAAGUAUUCAUAAAUGCGUUUUUGAGGAGCUGCGAAUGGACCCCACGACGGCCUUUCUUUCCGGCCCUGGUAGCAUAGUCGACACUCCCUCAUCAACUGCAAGUAAUAACUGCACGGGAGAGAUGGUGGAUGAUCUGUGGAAUUUUCAAGUUGGAGGGGAUGUCCGAGACUGCGACACAGCGAUUGACAUUAAUGAUACAACGAUUCUAUUUUCAAACAGCGUUUCUGGAACUGCUGGAAUUUCGACGGCCAAAAUCACCCGAGAACGCUCUCUCCAAAUUGACUUUUCUUGUGACUUCGAAAAACUCAUUCGAGUUUCGACCGCCAACCCCGCUCGCACAUCCCUUUACGAAAUCAACGUCGACCUUGGUGGCGAGCUGGCUGAGUUUGACAUCGGAAUGGCACUUUACAAAGACAGCUCUUUCACCGAGUUUGUGCCCUCUGAUGCUGUCCUGUACGUCCCCAACCCACUCUUUGUCGGAGUAACGAUGCUCGAAGCUCAUCAGAAUCUGGUCAUUCAACUGGAACAUUGCUGGGCGACUCCCACUGACGAUCCAGACUCAGAGCCAAGCUACCAUUUCAUCAACGACUACUGCGGAGAUGAGAUAGAAAUGAGCACCUACCACACACUCACAAUGUUUCAAAAUGGUCAGAGCAACUUUGCAGCCUUUAGCUUGGCCUCUUUCACAUUUGCAAUUGAUCAAACAUCAGAUGUAUUCUUCCAUUGUGAUGUUCGCGUUUGCGACAGCAGCACUGGUACGUGUGAGCCUGACUGUAGUGAAAACAGCCGUCGAAGAAGAAGCACGGGAUCUUCUACCGAGGGUAUUUCGCAACUCACAAUCGGCCCUGUAUCAUUUAAUAACAACCCUUACAGUUGGUGA